AUGCAACUCCUCACCCUCUUCCUCACGAUCCUGACCCUCGCCACCGCAGCUCCGACUGUCGAUGUCGAAGAGAGGCAACUCAAUGGUGUCCUCCUCUGUCCUUUAACAGGAUCUCCGACGUGUGAGUUGCAAUGUCAACUCCUUACGCAGACUUGUGGGCAGUGUGCGCCGAAUAAGAAAUGUUAUUGUUGUGAUGGGACUACUGUUUUGGAGUAG